AUGCCACCACAGAUACUGCCAAUACUGGGCACUGGUAGUACCAGCUCAAAAAUGCAGUCCCGCGAUCACCCCUUCAAUCGGUCGACCAGGCCACUGCUCGAGCGUCGCGCACAGCCUCAGGUGGUUAGUGCCAAGAAGCAGUUCCACUACGGUGCUGGUUCCGGUACGGUAGGCCAUCAGCCAAAGAACCAACCGACACGAGGCUAUAACGACUUUAACCUGAUCAGCCGCCAGUACGAAAUCUCGAACCAUUCACACCGGGGGUAUCCGUACGGUAGUCCACCGUCACCGACGCACGACGUCGGACGCGACUUUCAGUUCUCUGACAUUGAGGGACCUCAACGGGCGCAACAUCAUCAGCGCACCGUCAACCAGUACACGGUGAACAGCAACAACAGCGAUGACGAUGAUGACUACGAUGAGUUGGUGUACCAUCACAAUCAGCUUAAUGCGGCCGGUAAUGGCGUUGGGUUGAAGGUGGCCAAUCAGCAGCUCCGCCGGCGGCUACUUGAUGCUGCUUCGCCGACUCCACCAGUACCACCGCAAAGAAUGGUGCACAAAACACCGCCGCCACCGCCCCGCCGUACCGAAUCACCCCCAUCGGGUAGUGCUGGUGGACCGGCCGAUCUGGACGGUCCGUUCGUGUUUGGCGUCCAUCAUCCCAACACCUUCACGCCAGCCUACGGCACUAAGGCGACACUGUACGGUGCGGCUGCGACGACCAUCGGCGGCAAGGAUGUGAAGGAUGCGCUUCAUUCUAGCCCCGACUCGAGCCAGCACAGCAGCGAUAUCAGCACGAGCGAGAAAUCACGACGCGCUUUGGUGAAGGAGAAGAAAAACUCGAAACGAUCGAAAAUCGAUAAAAAGGACAAAACGAAACAAAAGCUAGAAAAACGAACGUCCGACGUGAACGCGGCGCCGAACGUGAAGUGUGUCCUCGUGGGAGACGGUGCUGUCGGUAAAACCAACCUCAUACUCUCGUACAUCCAGGACCGGUUCACGCACGAAUACGUACCAACGGCAUUCGACAAAUACAAUGUGGACGUCAGCGUAGACGGACGACCGAUCGGUGUGACGCUCUGCGAUACAGCCGGACAGGAUGCGCUCGAUACACUGCGGCAGCUUUGCUAUCCCGGGUCCGACGUUAUCCUGCUCUGCUUUUCCGUCGUCCAGCCGGAAAGCUUUCGAUCGCUGGCCACCAAAUGGCAGCCGGAAAUCAGCAAGCUGAAGGGUGUAUCGGUGGUGCUUGUCGGUACGCAAUCGGAUCUACGGAACGAUCAGUGUACGAUCAGCAAGCUGCAGGCGCAGGGAGAAAAGCCAAUCCUGUUCUCAUCUGCCUGGGACUUUGCCCGGAAGAUAGGUGCUAAAUACAUUGAAACAUCGUCACAUAAGAAGGAACACAUCAAGGAGGUAUUCGAUACAGCCAUCUGGGACGCACUGCAAUCACAGGAGUACAGCAAACGGAAACGACCACUCUGGAAGCGAUUAUGCUGCUUAACCUGUUGA